GCCACUACUACUCCGUACUGCUGCUACUGCCUAACUCACCGUCGACUAAUUCCCCCCCCUCUCGGCUCUCUCCAAUUCCACCGCCUCCAGGAUAGCUCGCUAGCCUGUCUUCCAGUGUCCCCCGUGUCCCCUCCCUCCUCCAUGGAGCGAGAGCGACCGCUCCUUUGUCCGAGUGCUCCCCCUCCCUCCUUUGUUGGUUCCUGACGUUAUCGCCAUGGACGCCUCCGGCUCCCCCCGCGGGGCGUCGGACGAACUCGAUCGCGACCACAGCGACCCCGACCUGCCUGAUCUUCCCUCCGACCGCAACCGCAGGUCCCUCAUCAUGCCCGGUGGUCUCCCCGAUGACCUGCCCAAGUCCCUGGACGACCGUCGUUCCGUCCCCGUCAUCCAGUCCGAGACGGAAAUGUACGAUGCCUGGCAAGGUCAAUCCCAAUUCCUCACUACCCCCAUCGCCGCGAAGCCUCUCAGCUUCAGCCUUGCCCUCGACGAUCACUCGCAUGACGAAGAACAUAAUCUCCAGGCCCAGUAUGGGCGCGGGCUGGCCGCCGCAGCCGACGACGAUAACGAGUCGACCACCACGGCUCGCUUGGAGGAUAGUGAUGCCCGGCUGAUGGAGAUGCUUGCUGCGCAGGCUGCCCACCGGGAAGUGGACUCGCUAGGCGCAGACGAGGAGGCGAUCGCGACGGAUGAGAAGCUAUCGGAUCGCGAGAAGAAGGAUAUUCUACAGCGCAGUUUGAAUAUGGCCGCCAGCAAUGGCGAUGUGGAUCGUGUGCGGAGAUUGGUGCAAGGCCAGGCACAGGAUUACGUGGAUGUUAAUAUGCCCGAUGAAGAGGGCACAGUGCCUUUGAUAUAUGCGAGUUGUUUUGGACACCUGGAUGUGGUCUCGGCGCUGCUUGAUGCAGGCUCCCGUGUUGACCAGCAGGACCGCAAUCAGUGGAGUGCCUUGAUGUGGGCCAUGACGAACAGACAUAAGACAAUCGCGAAGAUUCUUCUCGACCAUGGCGCAUCGCCCGAUAUCAAGUCCUCGUCUGGAGGGACCGCUUUCGACUUUGCGCAACCCGGAAGCGAGAUCUCCGAGUAUCUACAUGAGAAUGGGUAUCACUUUGGACCGAGCGCGAUUGAAGACGACUUCUACGAUUCCGGAUUCGGGCACGGUCGCUUCGAGGAGGAGAUUGCAGAGAACGAGAUGAAACGGCGGAUGAUGAUGGAGGAGAGCGCCAUUAACCUUGAGGUGGAUCUGUCGAGCCUGGGGAUUGAUGAGAAGUUUGAUUCUCUAGAUGAAGAAGAGCUGGAAGAGGAGCAACAAGAGUUCGUGUGGGAUCGAUGCCUGAACGACCAGAUGUUCGUCUUCCAGGAGAGCGAGCUCGAAAGGAUUCUCAGCAUCAUCAUCACCAACAUGACGCCCCAACGGUCGCCGUCGCAGAAGCCCGUCCCCGCCAACCUCCUCUUUCUCAGUGCGCGAUACGCCCAUUACCAUGCGAGCCCCGAACUGCUUGCAAAGCUUCUGGUCUCGGCGACUGAGAAGAUCAACGACGUUGUCGAGCGCCACCAGUGGGAUAUGACGAUCCUCGCGUUCUGGAUGUCGAACGCGACAUUGCUGCUACAUUACCUGAAAAAGGACGGCGAGUUGGUGGAAGCCACAGUGGAAUUCCAGCUGCAUCUGGCCGAACUCGUCAACGAAAUCUUUAUCCUCAUCAUCCGCGACGCCGAGCGCCGCAUGAACAAAGUGCUCGACGCGGCCAUGCUGGAUCACGAAACGAUCCCGGGCCUGGAGGACGUCCAUUUCCAGAACGAGUGGAAGCUGUUCCGCUCCAAGUCCAAGGCCAAAGCCCCCGAACCCGCGGAGAAGCGCUUUCGACCCCCAUCCCCAAGACGGCGGGCGCAGGUCUCCCCACGCAACAUCACUUCUCUCCUCUCCUCCACCCUGUUUGUCCUCGACCUUUACGACGUGCACUCCGUCAUCACCACGCAGAUUAUAUCCCAGCUCCUGUACUGGCUCGGGGCGGAGACCUUCAACCGCAUCCAGUCAACCAAACGCUACCUGGCGCGGACCAAGGCCAUGCAGAUCCGCAUGAACGUGUCGACCCUGGAGGACUGGGCGCGCAACAACAACCGACAUCCCGAACACUUUGAGAACGGGUCGACGAACAGCACCGGGGAGAGCACCAUGGACGCCGCGCGCCGGCACCUUGCCCCGGUCAUCCAGCUCCUGCAAUGGCUCCAAUGCUUUUCAUCGCUCGGGGACGAUUUCGAGUCCCUGGUCACGACCCUCCUCCAACUCCAACAGCUCACCCCCGCCCAGCUCCUGCAUGCGGUCAAGUCCUAUCGGCCCGAAGUCGGGGAAAAGGGGUUGACGAAGCCCGCCAUGAAGUUCCUGAUUGACCUGCAGCGAGACCCGGAACUGCUGUUUCGGGAACAGGCGAAGAUUCAGGAGGCCAAGCGGAAGGCCACCGCGCCGGACACAAAACCGACCGAUGGACGUCCGCAAACCCCUCCCACAUCCACGGCGUCCGAGGCUGCCACCUCGCCCGAAGCAUCCACACGGGCCUCUGUCGCAUCGCCGGGGUCGAGCGUGGCGUCUGCGCGACCGGCAGCGUCCGCGUGGAUGGAAGAGCGGAGCAACGCGGUAUUCCUGGAUCCGUCCCUGACACUUCCCUUCUCGCUGCCCACGAGCACGGAUAUGCUGAUCAGCUACGGGGCGGGAUGGGGUGGCACGAACCGGGAGCGCGCGCGCAAGUACAUCCCGACUGUACCCCCGGAGGUGCUGAGUCGGUUCGACCGUGACGGGUGAGAUAAGAGAGAGAGAGAGAGAGAUAAUCGAGGCCGGCAAAUGGUAUUGCGAAUAGGGAUGCGCGAUACCCAGGGUUUGCAUUUCUAGUAUAUAGGUUUUUGAUCUGCGGUGCAUGUUGGAAGCAGGACUGAAUUUCCCAUCUGGCGCGCGUCCAUGCCUUGUGCCAUGUAUGUAGCUAGCGCGGAGGGGGGAGGCCAACGGGGCAUCACGAAUCAACGGAGAUAUAGAAGACUCCAGAGUCAAGACACGGCAGGUGGAUCGUAAGAGUAGAUCGAGACCGUUUUCGAAUCUGACCGGGUG